AUGCUGCUGCUCAGCCUGACUCUUAGCCUGGUCCUCCUUGGCUCCUCUCGGGGCUGUGGUGUUCCUGCCAUCAAACCAGCGAUGAGCUUCAGCCAGAGGAUUGUCAAUGGGGAGAACACAGUGCCAGGCUCCUGGCCCUGGCAGGUAUCCCUGCAGGACAGCAACGGCUUCCACUUCUGUGGUGGUUCCCUCAUCAGUCAGUCCUGGGUGGUCACAGCUGCCCACUGCAAUGUCGUCCCUGGCCGCCACUUUGUUGUCCUGGGCGAGUAUGACCAAUCAUCCAGUGCUGAGCCUUUGCAGGUUCUGUCCAUCUCGAGGGCCAUCACACACCCUUACUGGAACCCCACUACCAUGAACAAUGACCUGACACUACUGAAGCUAGCCUCACCAGCCCAGUACACACCAUGCAUCUCACCAGUGUGCCUGGCUUCCCCAGAUGAGGUGCUGCCUAUAGGUCUCACGUGUGUCACCACCGGCUGGGGCCGCCUGAGUGGCAUGGGCAAUGUGACCCCAGCACGCCUACAGCAGGUGGCUCUGCCCCUGGUCACUGUAAGUCAGUGCAAGCAAUAUUGGGGCUCAAGUAUCACCGACUCCAUGAUCUGUGCAGGUGGCUCAGGGGCUUCCUCGUGCCAGGGUGACUCUGGAGGCCCUCUCGUCUGCCAGAAGGGAAAUGUGUGGGUGCUAAUUGGCAUCGUCUCCUGGGGCACUAGCAACUGCAAUGUGUACGCACCUGCCAUGUAUACUCGGGUCAGCAAGUUCAGCACCUGGAUCACCCAGGUCACCGCCUACAACUGAGCCUACCACAGGUCCUCUCCCCAUUUCAAUGCAAUAAAGACCCCAGGCUCUUG